UAUGAUAACUGAUUCACGCUAUGAAAGUAUACUCCAAGUUCAGAGUAAAGUGGAAGAAUAUGGCACUGGUGUGAUUAUGACUGGUUCAGGCAGCUCUUUUAUAACAUCUAAUAUCGUAACACUUUCAUUUGAGGACUCACCAUCAGUGUUUAUGCCUGGAAUGAUGUACGACGGAAUGAUUAAAGUGACCGGCCCAAACUCCGUUCCUCUGGAAAAUAAAACAGUACUUCUGGAGAUAGGUUAUGCUAAUAUUAAAAACAUACUCAAAAAGCUGAUUACAGAUGACCAAGGAAUUGCAAAAUUUUCCCUCGAUACUGAACAGUGGGGUCAGGAGCAAGUCUCCUUGAAGGCUCAGUAUGAAAAACCUGAAAAACCAGAGGUAUAUGGGGAAAAUCAGCUCCAACCAUACUAUUCCACAGCCUACCUCUGGCUUCAGCCUUUCUACUCCAAGAGUCAGAGUUUUAUUAAACUGAGCAGCAACUCAACACCUUUCAGCUGUGAUAAAGAUGCUGUGAUUGAAGCUCAAUACUUGAUACAUAACAAAGCACUUAAACCAGAAGAGAAGACCAUAUCCUUCUUCUACAUGGUGAUGUCCAGAGGACAUUUGGUUCAGCAUGGACAGAUCUCUGAGCACCUGCAAUCAAAAGAAGAGCAAAAGGGCAUACUGUUUCUGUCACUGAAGAACGUGGAAAAGUUGUCCCCAGUAGCUCAGGUGGUCAUAUAUGCAAUCCUUUCCAGUGGUGAGGCCAUGGCAGACAGCAUGAACUUCCCCAUUCAGCUGUGUUUGGCUAACAAGGUGUUUCUGAAUUUCUCACAUUCUUCGGAGCUUCCUGGUGGUCAGAUAUCACUGAUGCUGAGGGCUGCUCCGGGAUCACUGUGUUCAGUGAGGGCCAUAGAUGAGAGUCUGUUACUGCUGCAACCAGAGAAGGAGUUCAACAUUGAAUCUGUGUUCAGCAUGCUGCCUGUUGCGACAUUAUCAGGAUAUCCAUACCAGAUCAUUGAUGAGGAUUCAAACAACUGCAGGAGGAAUAUUGGUCCACGAGUGCCAAGUUUUUUUUAUUUUCCAGUAUACGGAAAAAUCGAUGUGUACAACACCUUUAAAGAUAUUGGAAUCAAGAUCCUCACCAAUGCCAUGGUCAAGAAACCUGUUUUUUGUUUUCCUAGUGUGUCUUAUAUACUUGGUGAGGAACCACCACUACUCAGAGAAAUUUCGUCAGCGCCCUUGAGUUCGUCAAGUUCGUCAAUUGAACCAGUCGUUACAAUCCGCAAAUAUUUCCCCGAGACGUGGAUUUGGGAUCUCGUUCCAGUCCGUCAGUCUGGAGUGAUGACCGUUAAUAAAACAGUCCCAGACUCCAUCACUACAUGGCAGGCUGGCUCAUUUUGUACAUCACCUGUUGGAUUCGGAGUCGCCCUGAAUACUAAGCUCACUGCCUUCCAGCCUUUCUUUGUAAGCCUUACCAUGCCGAGCUAUGUAAUCCGAGGAGAAGUGUUCACACUCAAAGCCACUGUCUUCAACUACCUCCAAAGCUGUAUGAUGGUGAAGGUGAUGUUGGCUGACUUGAAACAGUUCUCAGUGCAAGUGAGUGAAGAACACAAUUACACAAGCUGUCUAUGUGCUGACGAAAGCUGGACCGUCUCCUGGACCAUCACACCGUUGGUUCUGGGGGAGGUGAGCAUCAAUGUGACAGCAGAGGCCGUGCAAUCAUCGACUCAGUGUGGGAAGAGUGAAGUUACUGUACCACAGAAAGGACGCAUCGACACAGUCAUUAAAACACUGCUAGUGAAGGCUGAGGGAACCAAACAAUAUAAAAGCUACAAUGAACUUCUCUGUCCAGUAGAUGAUGUCAUUGAGAGUACAGUCUCACUGACCCUGCCUGCAGUCUUCGUGAAUGGUUCAGCCAUGGCCUCAGUCUCUGUGUUGGGAGAUCUGAUGGGCCGAGCUCUAAAGAACCUGGCGAGUCUCCUGGCUAUGCCGUAUGGCUGUGGAGAGCAGAAUAUGCUGCUUUUUGCUCCCAACAUCUUCAUCCUGCAGUACUUGGAGAGCACCAACCAGCUCACGCCCGCAAUCAGGGCCACAGCAGAGACCUACCUUGUGACUGGAUAUCAGAGAGAGCUGCUCUACAAACACACUGAUGGAUCAUACAGUGCUUUUGGGAUGAGCGAUGCAUCAGGCAACACAUGGCUGACGGCGUUCGUGAUGAAAUCUUUUGGACAUGCAAAGCAAUACAUCUAUAUAGAUCAGGUGUAUGUGGAUGAGGCAAAGACCUGGCUCGGUGAACAGCAGAAGAAAAACGGAUGCUUUGCCUCAGUGGGAAAACUCUUCCAUCGUAACAUGCAGGGAGGAGUGAAUGAUGAGUUGACCCUCUCAGCGUACAUUGUGGCUGCAAUGCUGGAACUCAACUAUACCUUCACUGACCCUGUGGUGGACAAGGGUCUGGGGUGCCUGAGGAAUGCACACACUGAGGUGAACUCCACCUACGCCAAGGCUCUCCUGUUAUACACCUUCACUCUUGCUGGAGAUAACGGAAUAAGGAGCACACUCAUUGAAGACCUGAAUGAAGAGGCCAUAGUCUCAGGGGGCGGGAGACAUUGGAGCUUAGUGAAUGGUGGGUCAGUGACAAUGUCUUUGGACGUGGAGAUGACUUCAUAUGUGCUUCUGGCUCUGAUGUCUGGACCCGAGAUGCCUGGGUUUGAUCUGGGUUACAGUGCCAGCAUCGUCCAAUGGCUUUCUCGGCAGCAGAACCCCUUUGGGGGCUUUGUGUCUACACAGGAUACUGUCGUGGCUCUCCAGGCUCUGGCGAAAUACAGUACCGCCACCUACAGUCCAGAAGGAGACAUUACUGUUACUAUAACAUCACCAUCAGAGGUGAUUACAUUUACCGUCACUCGGAGUAACAGGCUGCUGUAUCAGGAGAGUCAGCUGCAGGAGGUUCCUGGAGAUUACAAAAUCAAAGCAGAAGGGAAAGGCUGUGUGUACGUGCAGUUCAGUUUGAGCUACAACAUCCCUCCUCCUCCCGACCGCUCAUCAUUCAGCAUCUCGGCCUCAGCAUCUGGAAACUGCAGGGUCCAAAAUCUCUCUCUGAAUGUGACCAUUACUGUCAUGUAUAACGGUGAACAAUCGGAGACCGACAUGGUGAUCAUCCAAGUCAGGCUUCUUUCUGGAUUCAGUCUGAACGAGACAUCUGUGAAGCUUGUGAACGGCAAUUCAAAUUCGACUGAUGGAUCUGUGAAACGUGUGGAUCAAGAUGAUGAUGAAGUCAAUAUCUACCUGGAUGGACUGAGUAAAGGGCAGGAGAUGGUGUACACCCUGAUGAUUGUGCAGGUCUUUACAGUGGAGAACCUGAAACCAGCCAUUGUGAAGAUUUAUGACUACUACGAGCCUAGUGACAAUGCUGCAACCGAAUACACCUCACCAUGUACUUAAUACAGAAAAUGUGUGCUGUUGUCUGUGAUCUCGUUUCCCUUUGACUUUU